AUGCUUUCCACCCUCCUCCUCGCCAUUCCUCUACUCUUCCCCUCCGCUGCCACUGCCGCCGCAGUCGUCAAGAAAGACGUAUCAUCCGCAGUCGUAGUAUCUCCCGAGGCAGCCCUCGUAGACGAAGCCGUCACCUUCACCUCGUUCCCCAGCCGCUCUGAGUGCCUGUCCAACCAGAGCGGAACCCGAUACGCGAACCCCGAUGCCGGCUGUUACCAUUUGCCCGGGCAAUCCAUGGAUGUCAAUGGCAUAGCUGGUGGUUGCCGUGUCUUCAUUUACGAAUCCGAAAACUGCGAUGGCCGUGAACGGCAGGUCGGAUCUGGAGAGAUCUGUGUGGAUAUUGAGAGCUUCAAUACUAUCAAGGUUUUCUGUGGUUGA